AUGAAGAGAGGCGCAGAGAGACAAAUAUCGAAGGAUGAUGGCGACGAUCCCCACGCCAUCGAAGGCGAUGGUCAGACCCAGCAGUCUACGCCACAGGUGACAGACCCUCCUGCGGCACCGCUGCAGCAGCCCUUUUCUUUCUCUGCGCCAUCACCAUCGACGUCAACGUCGACCUCCGCCUCAACCUCGGCGCUCCAUUUCAAUGGCACUAGCGCGCCCAACGGGGUAGCAAAGGGCGCAGACAACGUGGACUACUACCGAUCGCUUCGAGGCCUCAAUGUCUCGCUCAAGGCCGAGCUCUCGUCUGCAAUCGACCGGGAAUUGGGCAAAGAUGCUUUCGCAGAUCUCGGGGGUCUUCUAAAGGCCGCCGAGGAAAAGUAUGCGGCGCAUCGGAGGAAGGUUGAGGAGGAGAGGAAGAAGUCGGGUGCUUCCACGUCUGCCGCCUUGCCAGCAUCGUCGACUGCAUCUUCCACGGCAGCAGCGGCGGCAGCUCCUCCCAAGCCAUUCAGCUUCACGGCGCCAUCCUCAGCGCCUUCAGCGUCUUCCGUUGGAUCUUCAGAGCCGUCAACAUCGAAGGCAGCACCCACUUUCUCACUACCCUCUCCUGCUGCUGGUGCUGCUGCGACCAAGCCAGCUGCGUCAGCAACACCGACCCUGCCCAAAGCACCCGCGUCUGCCUUCUCCUUCGCCGGCUCGUCGUUCAAGAAGAAUGAUGGCGAGGCAGGAUCAGAGAGCAAGCUAUUGCCGGGCCAGCCGAUGUUCAGUGUCCCGAAGGGCGGCUUUUUCGGGUCAUUUGGCAGUAAAGAUGCAGACGAUGGGGACGACGAUGAUGACGAGGGAGAAGAGGAAGAGGGCGACGAUGAUAAUGAGGAAGGGAAUGACGAUGGUGAAGACGACGGCGAAGAGGGGGACGGAGAUGAGGAGAAGGAUGAAGCAGAGGAGCAAAAUGAAGCAGAAACGAGCAAGCCAGAGCCAGCCAAGCCGCUCUUUUCCUUCGGCGCCGCCGCCACUCCGAGCUUUCAACAGAAGGGUGCUACUUCGUCCUUUGGGUCCUUUGGGUCCUUUUCCUCGCCCAAUCCAACAUCGACGUCUGGCGCCGCCAAUCCCUUUCGCUUCUCCUUUGGCUCUUCGCCCACAUCGUCGCCGUCAUCGUCAUCGACGGGUGGAACAGCUACACCCGCCCCGUCCAUCGGGCUAUCAUUUGCUAAUACUUCGGGCGUGUCCAACCCCGGCGCCUUUUCAUUUGGACAGUCAAAAAUCGCUUUUGGAGGCGAACCAAAAGAGACAGGUGACAAAGACAAGAGCGGCGAAUCAAAAUGA